AUGACGAAGGCAAUCAUAGCAACCAGCAUGGCGACGGAGAAGCGUUUCUUCGCCGCUCAUCUACUUAAGCUAGUGUAGGCUGUUACAUUCAUAUUAUUGGUUUACUUUUCAGAGACAGCAUGUUUACAGUAAAGUGUGCAGUAGUUCCUGGAUGUAUCCAAGCUCUGUCGUCGCCGCCCCGGAAUAUUUGUGAGGAAAAUGGGAUACGCUGAGUUGGAACAUUAUCAUGGAAUCGAGAAUAGGGAGCGUAUCGUCUGGGCUGGGGUAUAGCUCUGGUACAAGAGGACACACUUCGAAAAGUAGUCCAUUCUGUCCUCACUCCUCCAGCAAGUUGACACAAUCCAUCAUUAAGGACCACAUGGUGUCUCAUUACAAAAAGGUUUACUCAGCUAAAGCUGCCAUUGAUGCCUCGGUACCCAAAAGCUUGAUACAUAGUGUGAAGUAUAAUGACCAGAUCAGACAGGCGCGGUUGAGGAAAGGGGGUCGUCCUCAGUCGGCCCACUCACUCCCACAGAGGACUGGCAGAAGCUCCUGCUCUUCAACUCAGAGUACAUUAUCUGUGCAGUAUGACGACAGUCCCUACCUCUGUUCGAGGAGCUCCGUGGUCUCAAGCCCAAGAUUCAACACCUCCUUUAAUGCCAAGGAGAUAGUUUAUUCAUCAUGUAAAGUCACUUCUUCUCACACUCGCCCGGCCUCAGAAAUAAAGUACCGCAACCCAGAUGGAGCUUUGCAGAGAAAGCAAUCAGCAUGUUCACUGGCAGCUAUGGGAGAUCACUGUAGCUACAAGACCUUCCAGGACCCUGUCCAGAAGACGUACAGCGGAGACCUGCUCCAGAAACAUUCACAGCACUUUACCAAGGACAAACCAUUCACUCCUAAGACCCUGAAAACUGACAAGAGUUCAUACCUGUCAAAAUAUCGCUACUACAGGGCACCGCAAAGGAAACCUACUCAGGACAGCAGUAGCUCGAGAAUGAUGCGACAAGAGACGUAUCAUGGAAGCACAACAAACAGGGAAUACACACAAGAAUUUGAUGAUCCAUCUCAGGAAUUUCUUACAGAGCAUGCAUGGUCUGAGGAUGAGUACAAUGGCACAUAUUUAUCAUCAUCAAGACAACAGAGUCGAGCGACAAAGAGCCGAGACCGUUAUUUGUUUGACUCGUCUUUCAGGGUCUCACCGCCAGGUGGGAAAUUUCCUUCUAUGACGAAUGUAUCUGCUGAGGAAGAAGAACUGAUGUACCUCGAAUUCAUUUCUGCUGUAACAGAAGAUAUCUUGUCCAGGGGCCACAUCUCUGACAGGGUCCUUGACCGGGUGAUAAAUCGUCACAUUGACAUGAAUCGGCAUCAGCUAGAUGAGGGUAAAAUGCGCCACCUUCUGGAAGUGAUGCGUAAAGAUUUUGAUGAACCAACCAUAUCCACCUCUACUGAGCUUGAAAAGAAGGAGACAGAUGUGCUUUAUGCACUCCUUCCACAUCUGGAUUCAGUGGAGAAACAAGUAAAGACCAAAGAAGACAAUGACCAGUCCCCUUAUGUGUCACUGAGAACACUGAACAAAUACUCAGAUUCACCAGAUUAUGGUGAUCCCUUCUUGGUUUCUACACCCUUACCAUCCACUGACAGAACUACUUCUCCAGUUCAAAUAGAUGAAAGGAAGGAGGAAGAUCACAAUGAGGAAAAGGACAUGGACUCUGCUUUGCCCAGUGAGCAUGUUGCUGAUCAUACAGGAAUCAGUGAAGAGGAUUUCCAUCAGAUAGAUGCAACUGCAGCUAACAAUGUCACAGAUGAAAGCAAUGAAUACACAACUAGAACCAGUGACCAAGACCAAGCUGAGAUUCAUUUUGAUGGACAAUCUAAAGAGAUAGAAGAUCUGGGAAGAAGUUUGUCAGAGUCGCUGCACGUGUCCGACAAUGGACACGCUGAAAACACGGAUACUGCCAGUGAGCAACACGCAAACACUGCUGCUUCUGUCAGUGAUGAUGAGUUUUAAUUCUUGCUGUAUUCAGGGAUUCAUUGCCCUUUAGUGUAAAUAUUAAGGUCCCAAUGUUGUUCCAGAGAGAAAUGUAACAUUUUCCAAGCAUAGUUUUGUAAAGAAAUAAUGUUCUACAGCCUCCUCUACGAAGGGGCGGGUGUUCUGUUUAUUUUUUGUUUUAAAGAUAUUGUUUACUAAAAGCACAAGGAAAAUGUCCUACGAAUAAAUCAGAAUCUUGAAUGUCUCAUGUAAGGUAUUGGAAAAUUGGUACAUACUUGACUAGUAGUGGUUGAACCGCAGUUGACCUUCAGAGUGAUGCUACAGUUAUUGCUCUAUGUGUGUGAAGUUCAUACUUUCAUUUAGUUGGAGUGGAUUGCCGAGAGUUUCAGUCCUGAAUAUGAUGUAGCUGCAGUUAACAUUUUCAGAUUUUACAGAAAAAUAUAGCUGUUUUAACAUAAGGCGUGUUUGAAUUGCCAUAUGCCUCAGACAUGUAGCUACCAGAAGAUUUAACUGUCACCAGAAAGUGUCUUUGCAAUUGCAAUAAAUUUUCUAUUCUUGUC